AUGUUUCCAUCAGAAACAGUAUCAUUGACACUGUUGACGCGACGCCUAAGUCUCUCCAGGGGAAACCAUGUGUUCCCGUCCAGGAGCAGCUCAAGAAAUAACUGUGUGUUAACAGAAAAUGUACAUAAUUUCUUCAAAGAAUCUUUAAUCUACAUUAUCGCAAGAAUGGAUCUCGUUGAAGACAUAGAAAUGUACCACGGUAGCAACUACUCCUACGAUGAGAACGGUACCUACAAUGGAACUUACGAAAACUGCCCCAACAUCAACUUGCCCGUGGUCUAUGUCGUCACCCAAGUUCUUUAUGCUCUGGUCUGUGUCGUUGGCUUGCUCGGUAACACUUUGGUCAUCUAUGUAGUUCUUCGCUAUUCCAAGAUGCAAACUGUUACUAACAUGUACAUCGUAAACCUGGCCAUUGCAGAUGAAUGCUUCCUUAUUGGAAUACCAUUCCUUAUCACUACUAUGUCGAUCCGCGCUUGGCCUUUUGGACGCUUCAUGUGCAAGGCCUACAUGAUAUCGACGGGUAUUAACCAAUUCACCAGCAGUAUAUUCUUGUGUAUUAUGAGUGCUGAUAGAUACAUAGCAGUGUGUCACCCCAUAGCAGCACCAAGACUUCGGACGCCGUUUGUAUCACGUAUAGUAUCAGCAGCCGCUUGGUCUGCAUCGGCUCUCGUCAUGACUCCGAUAUUCAUGUAUACUACUUUGAUACCCACUGAAAAUGGCCUAUCAUGCAACAUCGUCUGGCCGGAACAGGAGUUUACAAAAGGACAAACGUCUUUUACGCUAUACUCCUUCGCCCUAGGUUUUGCUGCCCCACUUACACUUAUCUUUGUGUUUUACUGCCUUGUCAUUCGAAAAUUAAAGACAGUUGGCCCCAAAAACAAAUCAAAGGAGAAGAAACGGUCCCAUAGAAAGGUGACGAAACUGGUAUUAACCGUAAUAGCAGUGUACGUGCUGUGUUGGUUGCCAUAUUGGGCGUUCCAGGUGGCAUUAAUCUACUCACCUCCAAAUGAGUGUGCUAGUCGGAUCACUAUAACUGUUUUUCUCGUGGCAGCUUGUUUCAGCUACAGUAACUCGGCUAUGAAUCCUAUACUAUAUGCUUUCUUAUCUGACAAUUUCAAGAAAAGUUUUCUUAAGGCAUGCACGUGUGCUGCUGGUAAAGAUGUUAAUGCGACCUUGCACGUAGAGAAUAGCGUGAUCCCGAGAAAACGCGGUGGAGGUGCAGCCAGAGCACAGGCUCGAGCCAUAGAGUCGCGUGGUGCGCUGUCAGUUGCUGCUGGUGGUGCAUCACGUUCUGAAGCGUCUACAGCGGUGACAACAAAAUCAGUAGCUGCUAGUGAAGCGGUGCCCCUGGAAGCAAGACCCGCGACUUUAACUCCGCUCAUAGCGACUAAUGGAUUGUCUCAUACUCGACUCUGA